UGAGGAGAGCGAGUCGUGAUUGGUCAAAGGACUCUCUCACCCGCCAUUCUCACCACGCCUCUCUUCCUUCCUCGUGCUAUUUUUAGAAUCUCUUUCUCUCUACCCUUUCAUCUCAUUGAUUCUUUCUCUCUACUAUUUGGAUUGCUUUCCUAUCUGGUUUUGUCGAUUUCCUCUGUUUUUUGUUUUCGAAUCAAAUUCCUUGAAUUCAAUCCAAGAUCAAUCUCACCAUUGUUUAAUAUAUUUGUAUAUGUAUGUUGUGUAUUCCAACGAAGUUUCGUUCUCACUUUCCUCGUACGCAUUCCACUUUUAGCUGAGUUCAUCUCCUUCUCUCCCAAAAAAGCUACUCUAUUUUCAGGAAGGGAGAAAGAAAAAAGUACCCUUUUUCUCACUAGGGUUUCGCUUAGUCACAUUUGUGUUUUCUUUGCGAUUGAUUGGGAAUUUCAGGUCUCAAGUAGAUUCUGGUGCUCCGGGUUUUCAAAGGGUAUUAUUUUUUUUGGUAUUGUUGAUACCAUUUGAGUUUCCAUCUUUUUUCUUUGUUUUCUUUAUCUGGGAUUUGUGUUUGGAUAUCUAUCCAGGGUUCUUGGGUGGAGAUCUUUGUUUGUUUAGUUUCCUUCUGUUAGGUGGAGAGCAAGAAUGGCUUUGAAUUUUUCUUCUCAUUCUUCGCCUGAACAGAGUUUGAGCUCUACCCUUCUGUGCUCUGAUGGGUCUUUUAUGAAUCUUUCCAAGAAAGAAGAUUUAAAUGGAAAAUGCGAUUCGGGUUUUCAGAGUUGCAUUUGGGAAUCGAAGAAUUUAUUGUGGAGUGUGUUGGACUUGAAUGAAAAAGAUGAUGGAUGUGGUGAACAGCAGAGGGGGAAUGAUGAUAUUCUUGCUUGGUUGCCUGUUGAUCCUUUUGGCAUGAGGUCUGUUUUCACAGCCAUCACAGGUCAGUUCGAAGAUUUUGAAAAGGGUAUUGAACCAGGCAGUGGUUUCUCUUUUUCUGAGGAAAAGAUUGAUGAUGAUGGUGGUGGUGGAGUAUCUGCAGGGUUCAUGUGGUUUCAAUCGGAAUUGAAUGAUGUGAAAUAUGAUGAAAUAUCAAUGCCAUGUAAUAAGGUUAAUGGAUUUGGGGUUAACAACGGCUUAUUUGAUGGUGGCUUUGUAUUAAAUGGUGAUAUGGAGGACUUUCUGAGAUAUAUGGAUGUGGAAGAUCGAAUCUUUAAUGAUGAAGUUAUGGAAACUGGAGAUUCUCAAGGCCAAGGAGAUGCUCAUGAAGCUAUUUCAUAUGCUUUGCGUUUUUUGGAUUAUGAGGAUCUUCUUUCUGUUGAAAGGGUUUGCAAAAGUUUGCGUGAGUAUGUUAUUGGGGAUAGUCUUCUAUGGAGGAGUAUCAACAUUGGUUGGCCAUUCUGUCAGAAGAUCAAUGAUGAUACUCUUGUAAAGUUAACUAGCAAGGCUGAAGGCGCUCUCGAAAACUUGAGUCUGGUGCAUUGCAACAAAAUUACUGCUGAUGGUUUGCAGCGUGUGUUUGAUAACAACCCAAAAUUGACAAAGUUAUGUUUAUAUAAUUGCAACGGAAUUAGUUUAACAGACUUCUUGUGUAACCUGAGUUCCAUGAAGUCUGCAGGCAUCCUUGGAUUAAAGCAUCUGAGGGUUGGUGAGCUCUUUGAUGUUAGAAAUAAGCAUCUUGAGGAGUUGAAGUUCUUGUUGGAUGCAGACAGUAGAAUGCCACUUAAAGGCCACAAGCCAAGGUUUUAUAGUGGCGGGCUAUCUCCCUGUUUCUCUGAAGAUGAUGACGAUGAUCGUGUCAUUGACGUUGAGACAUGCCCCAAGUGCCAACAGCCGAUGGUAGUUUAUGAUUGUCCGACAGAGAGUUGUCGAGAGAAUCAUCAAACCACUCAGCUGUGUAGGGCCUGCAUACUCUGCAUAGAGCGCUGCUGUCAUUGUGGUCGAUGCAUUGAUGAUGACACUGAUUAUGUGGAGACAAUUUGCCUAAACUUACUUUGCUUGGAUUGUAUAAGGAACAUUCUUCGUGAUACAGAAAAGAUGCCUGGAGGAGACAAGGGUUCUAUAUGUAGAUACAUGGCUCCAGUAAACAGGUAUGAAUUUUGCUUCAUUAGCUAAACUAGAAGAUAUUGGACUAAGAGAACGAAAAAAAAAAGGCAGAAGCCAACUGAAAAUUGUAUUAAGAAAGGUUCAAGGUUUAGCUCAUGCCUUGCCUCAAAAAGUGAAGAAAAAUACAGGAAAAACAACGACUUUUUUAGCUCAUGACAGAGUACAGAGUGGCUUCCAUGCUGGAAAACUUGCCUCUUGGAUUGCAAUGGAGAUGUUAUUUGAUUAGUCUCCUGUGGAGGUGAAGCAGCAUGUGUUGUUCAUUAUUGGGGAAGCAAUUUUCAGUUCCAUCAGAGGUGAAAAUAAGAAUAAGAAUAAGAAGAAGAAGAAAGAAGUUUCCAUGCUUGAAACUUGACCUCUUGGAUUGCAAUGGAGAUGUUAUUUGAUUAUUCUCCUUUGGAGGUGAAGUAGCAUGUGUUGCAGGUUUAUCAUUGGAGAACCAAUUUUCAGUUUAAUCAGUGGUGAGAGAAGUCUUUGUUGCAGACAGAUAAAGAGAAGCAACAUAUGCAAAGCAAGAUUUUUUUUUUUUUUUUUAAUGAUGAUGCGGAGUUAUAAGAACUUUCUGUGGUGGAUUCCAGUGGUUUAGUUUUUGGGCAUUGUCUGUAUUUUGUUGGAAUUUGCUCAUUGCUUAAUAGACAUUGAUUAUCACAGUUCUUGUUCUUGAUCUUUUCAUCUAAUACAAUAAAUCAACUUCAUAUGUUUGUGGAUUUCA